AUGAGAUAUUACCUAAUUAUCUUGCUGUCCUCAACAAUAUUUUGCUCUUCUGGUUUGGAAGUUGUUCAGGAGAAUAAUGUAAAAAUAGCUGCAGCGGGCGAGGAGGUGAACCUUACAUGCACAUUUAUAAGGCUUGUGCAGGCGACAAAAGCAUGGUUUAAACAAACGGCUGAUGGAAAAUCCCUACAAAUUGUGUCUUUAUAUUCAAAUGGCAAGCCCGUUUGGAGUAACAUCUCUGAGAAUCACUUUAAUGUUAUGAAAGGAGACGGUUAUUUUAAUCUGACCAUUUUAAAGACGAAGCCGUCAGACUCUGCAACAUAUUACUGUGUAAUCUCAACAUUUUACACCUUUGGAAUGGGUUCAGGAACUCGUUUACUUGUCAGGGCCGCAGACAGAAACACAACUCUUCAUCAGUCUUUGAUAGACACUGUUGAUCCAGGAGAUUCAGUGAAUUUGCAGUGCAGCAUCUUCACUGAGAGCUGCGAAGGAGAUCACAGCAUCUACUGGUUCAAGCAAAGCUCAGGAGACUCUGAAGGAGUGCUUUACACCAAAGGAGAGAGAAAUGGCCGCUGUAAGGACAGCACUGAGUCUCAAACGCAGAGCUGUGUCUACAGUCUCCACAAGAACAACAUCAGUCGCUCUGAUUCUGGCAUUUACUACUGUGCUGUGGCCACAUGUGGACAAAUACUGAUUGGAAGAGGAACUCAGCUGAAUAUUAGAGAAAGUGAUUUUAAUCCUGCUCUUCUUGCUUCUGGAAUUACAAAUGUCAUAUUUUUGGCCCUUGUUGUUUUUCUGGGAAUAAAACUCUGUAGAAGUCAGAUUAAACGUAAGACUUUACGAAAUGAAGAUGGCCUGAAUUACGCAUCCAUUACUUUUAGAAGAGCAAGAGCUAAAGUCACACAAGAACAGUCUCUGUACGCACAGGUCAGAUCACACAAGUAACAUUCAGAGGUUUAGAGAAACUUGUAUAAUUCUGAAAAAGUCAUCAAAUGUCAUAGAAAGAUGAAAGUUAUGACCACAAUGCAAGUCUUUGUAUGUUACUGUGCUAUUUGAUUUUGUACGGUAUAUUUGUUGUUAGAUAAAAAUAGAUAAAGUGUGGGUUUGUGUGUCAGUUGAUGUAUUUGGUACAAUACAUGAAUGUUAUACAAAUAUGUUUUGCUUUUGUGGAAGCUCAAGCUAC